AUGCCGGCUGGGGCAGCACACAUGCUGCACCCCUGGCAGUUCCUCCCCACAAAGGAGUCGGUGACUCAGCUGUUUCCUGACUUCAGUUUCCAUGCUGAUGAGUACCUAGAGGUCUACGUCUCAGCCUCUGAGCACCCUAACCACUUCUGGAUCCAAAUCAUUGGCUCCCGCAGCCUGCAGUUGGAUAAACUUGUCAGUGAAAUGACCCAGCACUAUGAGACGAGUCUGCCUGAAGACUUGACUGUGCAUGUAGGAGACAUUGUAGCAGCACCUUUAUCUACCAAUGGCUCCUGGUAUCGAGCUCGGAUCCUUGGCACCUUGGAAAAUGGAAACUUGGACCUCUAUUUUGUUGACUUUGGAGAUAAUGGAGAUUGCCCACUGAGGGACCUCAGGGCUCUCAGGAGUGACUUCCUAAGCCUUCCAUUUCAAGCAAUAGAAUGUAGUCUGGCACGGAUCGCCCCCUCAGGUGAGCAGUGGGAAGAGGAAGCUUUGGAUGAGUUUGACAGACUUACCCACUGUGCUGACUGGAAACCACUGGUGGCCAAAAUCUCUAGCUACGUCCAGGCUGGGAUCUCCACUUGGCCAAAGAUUUACUUAUAUGAUACCAGCAAUGGGAAGAACCUGGAUAUUGGGCUAGAAUUAGUUCGAAAAGGAUAUGCAAUUGAGCUUCCUGAAGACAUGGAAGGAAACGGAGGUGUCCCGGACAUGUUGAAGGACAUGGCCACAGAAACGGAUGCUUCUCUUGCUAGCAUGCUCACAGAGCCCAGAAGAAGCCCCGAAGAGAUAACACAUACCUUGUCCUGCCUCAGCUUAUCAGAAGCUGCCUCUGUGUCUGGUGACGAUAACCUUGAAGACGACUACUUACUCUGAAGUCUGGGCUUCAGCUGGCUCAGCCAUCUGCUUUGCUGCUCUGGCACAGGAUUUGGUUCCUGGAGAGAAGUCCAUAAAGAGACACAAGCAGUCCUUCCUUUUUAAACACAGUCGGGCUUGCUGUGGACCAAGUCUAUUUUCACCUGCUGUUGGAUGAGAGUGGCCCAAAGGAAGACAUACUACACCUCCCUCCCAUGUCACCCCAGCCCUCCUGUGUCUUCAGUGUUUAGUGCCGUUACUUCCAGGCUCUUCAGCCUCAGGCUUGGUCCCCCUGCCAGAUAAAGCAGCUUGCUGCUCGGCUGUGUCCUCUUUGAGUCUGGGAAAUAGCUAGGGCUUGGUCCUUGGGAGCAAUGAUGAUUCAGCAGACUUGAGCCUCACCUCGGCAGGUGACUCUCAUUAAGGGAAGUUUUAGGGCCG